UGGAUGAAGCGGUAGGUAGGUGUGAAAGGAGCAGCAGCAGAAGAAGCAGCAGGAGGAGGAGAAGAGAGAGAGGGGGAGGAGGAGAAGGGGGGUGUCGCCGGUCUGCCCUAUAUGGCUGUGGACGAGCUCUCUGCUAAUAUCGGCUUGAGAGGCGCAGCGUCGCGUCUCUGGCGACAGUCAGUGGUGGCUUCCAGAGUCUGAACAGGCUCCUUCGCAGCCAUGGCUGAGGGCGGAGAAGGAGAAGAUGAGAUCCAGUUCUUGAGAACUGACGAUGAGGUGGUGCUUCAAAGCGUGGCCACUUUCCAGAAGGAGCAUCACAAGUUCUGCCUGGCCGCAGAGGGACUGGGAAACCGUAUCUGUUACCUGGAAUCUACUUCCGAAGCUAAGCAUGUUCCUCCAGACCUGUGCAUCUGUAACUUUGUGUUGGAGCAGUCCCUGUCGGUGCGAGCUCUGCAGGAGAUGCUCGCUAACACUGGGCAGAGCAGCGAAGGGAAUGCCGACCAUGAAAAAUGGGCGGGUCAGGGGGGCGGACACCGGACCCUGCUCUACGGUCACGCCAUUCUCCUUCGCCACUCCUUCAGUGGAAUGUACUUGACCUGUUUGAAGACGUCGAGGUCUCUGACGGACAAGCUGUCGUUUGAUGUCGGUCUGCAGGAAGAUUCAAUAGGAGAGGCCUGUUGGUGGACCAUUCACCCUGCGUCCAAGCAGAGGUCUGAGGGAGAGAAAGUCCGCAUUGGAGACGACCUGAUCCUUGUCAGUGUUUCAACGGAGAGAUACCUGCAUCUCUCCAUCUCCAACGGCAACAUCCAGGUGGACGCGUCCUUCAUGCAGACUCUUUGGAACGUGCAGCCCACCUGCUCCUCCGGCAACAUGGCAGUAGGCUUCCUGACCGGUGGUCAUGUGAUGCGUCUUUGUCACGGCCACGACGAGAGCUUGACCAUCCCCGGUGCAGACAAGAAUGAGGAGGAGCAGAGGAUCGUGAACUACGAGGCUGGGAAAGGAGCCUCCAGAGCUCGUUCACUGUGGAGAGUGGAGCCCCUCAGGAUCAGCUGGAGCGGCAGCCACAUCCGCUGGGGCCAGGCCUUCAGGCUACGUCACCUGUCCACCGGUCAUUACCUGGCACGGACUGAGGACAAAGGCUUGGUCCUGCAGGACAGGGAGAAGUCCGACACCAAGGCCACCGCCUUCUGCUUCAGAUCAUCCAAGGAAAAGGGAGACACGGGUCCGAAGAGGGACAUCGAUGGGAUGGGCGUCCCUGAGAUCAAAUAUGGAGACUCUGUCUGCUUCGUCAUGCAUGUGGCCACAGGACUGUGGCUGUCCUACCAGGCGCCUGAUGCCAAAUCAUCUCGACUAGGACCUCUGAGGAGACGGGCCUGUCUGCAUUCUGAAGGUCACAUGGACGAUGGACUGAUCCUGCAGCGCUGUCAGCACGAAGAGUCCCGGGCCGCACGCAUCAUCCGCAACACCACCUUCCUCUUCAAGAACUUCAUCAAAGCUUUGGACAGAACCACGGCGGGUGAGUCCACGGCCGUGGCCAGGUACAUCGAGGAGGUGCUGCAGACGCUCAACGAUCUGAUCGAGUACUUCAAACAGCCCGACUCUGAGCUGGAGCACGAGGAGAAACAAGUUCUCCUCCGCUCUCUCAUCAAGCGGCAAGAUCUCUUCAAAGAGGAGGGAAUGUUGGCUUUCUUGUCCAAGUGCAUUGACCGGAUGAACCUGUACAACAGUGCGGCCCACUUUGGAGAGAUGGCAGGGGAGGAGGCGGGCGCAGCGUGGAAAGACAUUCUCAACCUCCUCUAUGAGCUCCUGGCCUCGCUGAUCCGUGGGAACAGGAACAACUGCACCCAGUUUUCCCGUAACUUGGACUGGCUGGUCAGCAAACUGGAGAGACUGGAAUCAUCUUCAGGGAUCCUGGAAGUCCUCCACUGUAUCCUGGUGGAGAGCCCGGAGGCUCUGAACAUCAUCCAGAGAGGGCACAUCAAAUCCAUCAUCUCUCUGCUCUACAAGCAUGGGCGCAACCACAAGAUUCUGGAUGUGUUGUGUUCCCUCUGCGUCUGUAACGGGGUGGCAGUGAGAGCCAAUCAAAAUCUGAUCUGCGACAACCUCCUCCCCAAAAGGGACCUGCUGCUGCAGACUCGACUGGUGAACGAUGUUCAGAGCAUGAGACCAAACAUCUUCCUGGGCAUGGCUGAAGGUUCAGCCCAGUAUAAGAAGUGGUAUUUCGAGCUGGUGAUCGACCAGGUGGACCACUUUGUCACCGGGGAGCCCACCCACUUGAGAGUGGGCUGGGCCAACACAAGAGGGUACGCUCCAUACCCUGGUGGAGGAGAGGGCUGGGGAGGCAACGGUGUGGGGGACGACCUGUACUCCUACAGCUUUGACGGACUUCACCUCUGGUCAGGCCGAAUCCCCAGGGCCGUGGAUAACCAUCACAUGCUGAACAACGACGCCGUGGUCAGCUGCUGCCUGGAUCUGGGAGCGCCCAGCAUGUCCUUCAGGAUCAACGGGCAGCCCGUCCAGGGAAUGUUUGAGGACUUCAACACGGACGGAUUUUUCUUCCCCGUUGUCAGCUUCUCUGCAGGAGUGAAGGUUCGUUUCCUGCUGGGAGGACGCCAUGGAGACUUCAAGUUCCUGCCACCUGCUGGUUACUCUCCGUGCUACGAGGCGCUGUUGCCCAAAGAAAAGAUGCGUAUUGAGCCCGUGAAGGAGUACAAGAGAGACCACGAGGGGAUCCGUGACAUGCUGGGGACCACCCAGUUCCUCUCCCAGGCCUCCUUCAUCCCCACUCCUGUCGACACCACCCAGGUCGUCCUGCCGCCUCACCUGGACCACGUCAGAGACAUGUUGGCCGAGAACAUCCACGAACUGUGGGGGAUGAACAAGAUCGAGCUGGGCUGGACUUAUGGCAAGGUUCGUGAUGACAACAAGCGGCAGCACCCCUGCCUGGUGGAUUUUGCUAAGCUGCCUGAAACUGAAAGGAACUACAACCUGCAGAUGUCGAGUGAAACGCUCAAGACUCUGUUAGCGCUGGGCUGCCACGUUGCCCAGGUCAACGUUCACGCCGAGGAUGAUCUGAAGAAAAUCAAACUACCCAAAGACUACGUGAUGUCUAAUGGAUACAAGCCUGCGCCACUGGACCUCUCUGAUGUGAAGCUGAACGCCGGUCAGGAGGUUCUAGUUGAUAAACUGGCCGAGAACGCACACAACGUGUGGGCCAAAGACCGAAUCAAACAAGGAUGGACCUAUGGUAUCCAGCAGGAUCUGAAGAGCAGACGUAACCCUCGCCUGGUGCCAUACGCUUUGCUAGAUGAACGCACAAAGAAGUCUAACAGAGACAGUCUGAGGGAGGCUAUCAGAACAGUGGUCGGAUAUGGAUAUGACAUCGAUCCCCCGGACCAGGAGGUGGUACAUGUGGACGAUGACCAGAGCAUUGAGACCAUUCGUUUCUUCCGCGUGGAGCAGACGUACGCCGUGACGACAGGGAAGUGGUACUUUGAAUUUGAAGCCUUGAGUGGAGGUGACAUGAGGGUGGGCUGGGCCAGACCGGGCUGCAGACCAGAUGUUGAGCUGGGAGUGGACGACCAGGGCUUUGUUUUUGAUGGAUACAGGGGUCAACGUAUGCACGCAGGCAGCCGUGUAUUUGGACAUCCUUGGCAAAAGGGAGACGUGGUUGGCUGCAUGAUCAAUAUGGAGGACAAAUCCAUGAUUUUUACCCUGAACGGAGAACUCCUGAUCACCAGCAAGGGCUCUGAGCUUUGUUUCACCGACUUUGAAACGGAGGACGGUUUCAUCCCUGUGUGCAGUCUGGGUUUGUCCCAGAUCGGUCGCAUGAACCUGGGCAAGGAUGCCAGUACCUUUAAGUACUACACAAUGUAUGGCCUGCAGGAAGGCUUUGAACCCUUCGCCGUCAACAUGAACCGGGACAUCACCAUGUGGUUCAGCAAGCGCCUCCCCACCUUUGUCAACGUUCCUCCAACCCACAUGCACGUCGAGGUGACGAGGAUCGACGGGACGGUGGACAGUCCUCCCUGCCUGAAGGUCACCCACAAGACGUUCGGCACCCAGAACAGCAACAACGACAUGGUGUACUGUCGCCUGAGCAUGCCCGUGGAGUUCUACUCUGCAGACAUGCUGCUGGAUGAGUCUGUGAAGCUCAGCCAACCUCCAAGAGAAGAUGGAAGUGUAGACUACGGAAGCAUCACCACCUUCUACCACUCGGUGAGAGUGUUUGCCGGUCAGGAUCCCACCCUGGUGUGGGUGGGCUGGGUCACGCCGGACUAUCACUACUACAGCAAGAACUUCAGCCUCAACAAGACCCGAACUGUGACCGUGACCCUGGGUGAUGAGAGGGGGCGAGUUCACGAGAGUGUCCAGAGGAGCAACUGCUACAUGGUUUGUGCAGCAGACGCCGUCGGCUCCGCCUCCACCGGCAGCUCUGACCUGGACAUCGGCUGUCUGAUUGACCUGGCCACUGGUCUGGUCUCUUUCACCGCCAAUGGGAAAGAACUGCCCACAACAUAUCAGGUGGAGCCAAAUACAAAGCUCUUCCCUGCCGUGUUCGUUCACCCCACCAGUGCCAACCUGUUCCAGUUUGAGUUCGUCAAGGUCAAGGAUGCCAUGCCACUCUCCUCAGCCAUAUUUAAGAGUGAGCAGAGGAACCCCGUGCCUCAGUGCCCACCGCGACUGGACGUGCAGACCAUCGUAUCGGUGCUGUGGAGCCGGAUGCCCAACACCUUCCUGAGUGUGGAGACGGCCCGGGUCAGUGAGAGGCACGGCUGGGUGAUCCAGUGUCUGGAACCGCUGCAGAUGUUGGCUGUGCAUAUUCCCGAGGAAAACAGGUGUUUGGACAUCCUGGAGUUAUCUGAGCUGGAAGACCUGAGGAAGUUCCACUACCACACCUUAAAGCUGUACUGCGCCCUCUGUGCCCUGGGCAACACCCGCGUGGCUCACGCCCUCUGCAGCCACUUGGACCAAUCACAGCUUCUCUACACCAUUGACAACCAGUACUUGUCUGGAAUGUUGAGAGACGGAUUCUACAAUGUCCUCAUCAGCAUCCAUCUGGAGACUGCCAAGGAGGCGCGUCUGAUGAUGAACAACGAGUUCAUCAUCCCGCUGACGGAUGAAACUCACUCCAUCAAGCUCUUCCCAGAUGAGUCCAAGCGUCACUCCCUGCCCGGAGUCGGCCUCAGCACCUCCCUCAAACCCCGGCUCAACUUCUCGCCUGUUGGUAUCAUCGCCCCUAAACGCCACCAGUACCUGUACAGCCCACAGAUCCCUCUGGGCACCCUGAAGGAGAAGGCCAUCAGCAUGCUGACGGAGGCCGUGCAGGGCGGGGGCACCCACAUCCGAGACCCAGUGGGUGGCAGUGUGGAGUACCAGUUCGUCCCCAUCCUGAAGCUGAUCGGAACGCUGUUGAUCAUGGGAGUCCUCACCAGUGAGGAGGUGAGUCUCAUCCUCCUCCUCAUCGACCCCAACGUGUUUGGGGAGGGCAAGGAGGGCGAGGAGGCGAGAGGGGACGAGGUGGCCGUGGCCGGGGAGAAGGAGGAUGUGAGCAGGAACGAAGAGAAGGCCGUGGAGGCUGGAGAGGAGGAGACCAAGGAGAGUAAAGCUUCGGUCAAAGGUCUGCUGGAGAAGUCGCUGCCAGAGUCUGUCAAACGUCAGAUGUGUCAGCUGCUCCACUACUUCUGCGACUGCGAGCUCAAGCACCGCAUCGAAGCCAUCGUCUCCUUCUCCGACAGCUUUGUGUCCAAGCUGCAGUUCAACCAGAAGUUCCGUUACAACGAGCUGAUGCAGGCGCUCAACCUGUCAGCCGCCGUCACCGCCAAGAAGACCAAAGAGUUCCGAUCCCCACCACAGGAGCAGAUAAACAUCUUGUUGAGUUUCAGCGCAGGAGAUGACUGCCCGUGUCCCGAGGAGAUCCAGGAGGAGCUCAACUCCUUCCACGAGGAGCUGCGUCUGCACUGCGGUAUCCCCGUGGAGGAGGAGGAGGAGGAGCAGGACACGUCCAUCAAAGGCCGUCUCCUCGCUCUCCUCUACAAAAUCAAAGGUCCACCUCAGAAGACGGAGGAGGAGCCCACGGAGAAGGAGCAGGCGGUUCCCACCAACCUGAAAGAGCUCAUUUCCCAGACCAUCACCAGCUGGGCCCAGGAGUCUCACAUCCAGGACCCGGAGCUGGUCCGGGUGAUGUUCAGCCUGUUGAGGAGGCAGUACGACGGCAUCGGGGAGCUGCUCCGUGCCAUGAAGAAGUCUUACACCAUCAGCGCUGCGUCCGUGCAGGAUGCCAUUAAUCUGCUGGCAUCCCUGGGGCAAAUCAGGUCCCUGCUGUCGGUGCGGAUGGGGAAGGAGGAGGAGAAGCUGAUGAUCGACGGACUGGGUGACAUCAUGAACAACAAGGUUUUCUACCAACACCCUAAUCUGAUGAGAGUCCUGGGGAUGCACGAGACCGUCAUGGAGGUCAUGGUCAACGUGCUGGGCGGAGACAAGUCACAGGAAAUCGCCUUCCCAAAGAUGGUGGCCAGUUGUUGUCGCUUCCUGUGCUACUUCUGUCGCAUCAGCCGCCAGAACCAGAAGGCCAUGUUUGACCACCUGAGUUACCUGCUGGAGAACAGCAGCGUCGGACUGGCCUCUGAAGCCAUGCGUGGCUCCACUCCUCUGGACGUGGCGGCGUCCUCAGUGAUGGAUAACAACAGUCUGGCUCUGGCCCUGGAGGAGCCCGACCUGGAGAAGGUGGUGACCUACCUGGCAGGUUGUGGUCUCCAGAGCUGUGCCAUGCUGGUUGCUAAGGGUUACCCAGACCUGGGCUGGAAUCCCAUAGAGGGCGAGCGUUACCUGUCCUUCCUGAGGUUCGCCGUCUUCUCCAACGGUGAAAGUGUGGAAGAAAAUGCCAACGUGGUGGUAAAGCUGCUGAUCAGACGCCCCGAGUGUUUCGGCCCCGCCCUGAGAGGGGAGGGGGGCCAGGGCCUGCUGGCUGCCAUGAAGGAGGCCAUCAAGAUCUCUGAGGACCCGGCUCUGGACCUCCCCAAGUCCCCUGUCGGAGUCCCCACUGGCAGUGGAGAAGAAGAAGGAGAGGUCAUCCACAUGGGCAACGCCAUCAUGUCCUUCUACUCCGCCCUGAUUGACCUGCUGGGACGCUGCGCUCCAGAGAUGCAUCUUAUUAACGCAGGUAAAGGCGAGGCGCUGCGUAUCCGAGCCAUCCUCCGCUCCCUGGUCCCCACCUCAGACCUGGUGGGCAUCAUCAGCAUCCCACUCAAGAUGCCCAUGGUUAACAAAGAUGGCACAGUCACGGAGCCGGAUAUGUCGGCCUGUUUCUGCCCCGACCACAAGGCCCCCAUGGUGCUCUUCCUGGACAGGGUCUACGGCAUCGAGGACCAGGCCUUCCUGCUGCAGAUGUUGGAGGUUGGCUUCCUGCCUGACCUCCGAGCCUCAGCUUCUCUGGACACGGAAGUGCUGAGCACCACUGAAACGGCGCUGGCCAUGAACAGAUACAUCGGCUCGGCCCUGCUGCCUCUGCUGACCCGCUGCGCCGCCCUGUUUGCCAGCACGGAUCACUACGCUCAGCUGGUGGACUCCACGCUGCAGACCAUCUACAGGCUGUCCAAGGGCAGGUCGCUCACCAAGGCUCAGCGGGACGCCAUCGAGGACUGCCUGCUGGCUAUCUGCAAGCACCUGCGUCCGUCCAUGAUGCAGCAGCUGCUGCGACGCCUGGUGUUUGACGUUCCCAUGCUCACAGAAUACUGCAAGAUACCUCUGCGGCUGCUGACCAACCACUACGAGCAGAACUGGAAGUACUACUGUCUGCCGUCUGGUAUGGGAAGCUUUGGCACAGCCUCCGAGGAGGAACUCCUACUGACAAAGAAACUAUUUUGGGGAAUCUUUGACUCAUUGUCUCAGAAGAAAUAUGACGCCGAACUCUUCAAAAUGGCCAAGUCCUGCCUGUGUGCCAUCGCUGGAGCGCUGCCCCCCGACUUCGUGGACGCCAGCCUCGGAGCGACGGUGGAGAAACAGGCUGCAGUGGACACAGAAGGAAACUUUGACCCCAUACCCGUCAACACUGCCAACAUCUCCCUUCCUGAAAAACUUGAGUACAUUGCCAACAAAUAUGCAGAGCAUUCCCAUGACAAGUGGUCCUCGGAGAAGGUGUCAGUGGGCUGGAAACAUGGAGACAGUUUGGAUGAACAGGCCAGAACUCACCCACUGCUGAGACCUUACAAAGCACUGAGCGAAAAGGAGAGAGAAACCUACCGCUGGCCAGUGAAGGAGUCGUUGAAGAGCAUGUUGGCCAUGGGCUGGAACAUAGAGAGGACCAAGGAAGGAGAAGCCAUGUUCCAACAGCUGGAGAGUGAGAAGCAACGCAAACUCUCAGAGUCUCAGGUCAAUGGAUUCUCUCCUGCUCCGACGGAACUCCACACUGUCAUUUUGUCCAGAGAGCUGCAGGGGAUGGUGGAGGUGGUUGCAGAAAAUUACCACAACAUCUGGGCCAAGAAGAAGAAAACUGAGCUCAUUAGCAAAGGAGGAGGGAGCCACCCACUGCUGGUUCCCUAUGACACCCUGACAGCUAAGGAGAAGUACAGAGACAGAGAGAAGGCCCAGGAGCUCUUCAAGUUCCUGCAGAUCAGUGGAUAUGUGAUCACAAGAGGUCUGAAGGACAUGGAGCAGGAGGCGUCCUCGAUGGAGAAACGGUUUUCGUUCAGGUUCCUGAAGACUCUGCUGAAAUACAUCGACUCGGCUCAGGAGUUCAUCGCUCACCUGGAGGCUAUGGCCACCAGUGGGAAGACGGACAAAUCCCCUCACGACCAGGAAAUCAAGUUCUUUGCCAAGGUGCUACUUCCUCUAAUUGAUCAGUCUUUCAAGAACCACUGCCUCUACUUCCUGUCCACACCCAGCAAGAACCUGAGUAGCUGCGGUUGUGCCUCCAACAAGGAGAAAGAGAUGGUGACAAGCCUCUUCUGUAAACUGGCAGCUCUUGUCAGACAUAGGAUUUCUCUCUUUGGAAGUGACUCUGGAAUGAUGGUCAGCUGCCUGCACAUCCUCACUCACUCACUAGACACCAGGACAGUGAUGAAGUCCGGCUCAGAGCUGGUCAAAGCCGCCUUCAGGACGUUCUUUGAGAACGCAGCCGAGGACUUGGAGAAGCUGCUGGAGAUGCUGAAACUGGGGAAGUUCCUGCAGUCACGGGCCCAGAUGAAGAGUGUCAGUCAGAGCAUCAACUACGUGACCGUGGCCCUGCUGCCCAUCCUCACUGCCCUGUUUGAACACAUCAAGAACCAUGAGUUUGGAGUGGACCUGCUCUUGGACGACGUGCAGCUGUCCUGCUACAGGAUCCUGACCUGUUUCUACUCCCUGGGAACAGGAAAGAACAUCUUUGUGGAGAGACAUCUUCCAGCUCUGGGUGAGAGUCUUGCCACCUUGGUUGGAGCCAUGCCUGUAGCUUUCCUGGAGCCGGACCUCAACGCCCACAACCCACUGUCUGUGUUCAACACCAAGACUCCCCGAGAGAGAGCCAUCCUCAGCAUGCCUGACACGGUGGAGGAGAUGUGUCCAGAGAUGCCUCGUCUUGACCGACUCCUGAAGGACGUCAGCGACGUCUCGGAGUCUGGAGCGCGCUACAGCGACAUGCCGCAGGUCAUCGAGGUCAUCUUCCCCAUGCUGUGUAACUAUCUGUCCUACUGGUGGGAGAAAGGUCCAGAAAACUCUCCUCCAGACGCUAAGUGCUGCACCAUGGUGACGUCGGAACAUCUCAGCAUCAUCCUGGGAAACAUCCUGCGCAUCCUCAACAACAACCUGGGCAUCGACGAGGCCCCGUGGAUGAAGAGGAUCGCAGUCUACUCUCAGCCAAUCAUCUGCAAAGCUGGAGCGGAUCUGCUGAGAACCCACUUCCUGCCCACACUGGACAAGUUGAAGAAGAAGACGGUGAAGGUCGUGGCAGAAGAAGAGCUGCUGAGGGCUGACAGUAAAGGAGACAACCAGGAGGCGGAGCUGCUGAUCCUGGAUGAGUUCGCUGUUCUCUGCAGAGAUCUCUACGCCUUCUACCCCAUGCUCAUACGUUACGUGGAUAACAACAGGUCCAGGUGGUUGAAGGAACCUGAUGCCUACUCCACUGAGCUCUUCAGGAUGGUGGCCGACAUCUUCAUCCUCUGGUGCAAGUCACAUAACUUCAAACGUGAGGAGCAGAACUUCGUGGUUCAGAAUGAGAUCAACAACUUGGGCUUCCUGACUGGACAGGCCAAGGCAAAGAUGUCCAAGACGGGCGGAGACCAGGAGAGGAAGCACAAACGUCGCCGCGGUGAAUACUACUCCAUCCAGACCUCGCUGAUCGUCUCUGCCCUGAAGAAGAUGCUGCCCAUCGGCCUCAACAUGUGCACGGCGGGGGACCAGGAGCUCAUCUCAUUGGCCAAGAUACGCUACAGUCUGAAAGACACAGACGAUGAAGUGAAGGAAUACCUGCGUCAGAACCUUCAUCUUCAGGACAAGUCGGAGGACCCGGCCGUUCAGUGGCAGUUGGACCUUUACAAGGACGUGGUGGUGAAGAGCGAAGGACCCGCAGAUCCAGAACACACCGUGGGUCGGAUCCAGAGCAUCUCUGCAGCAGUUUUCCACCUGGAGCAGGUGGAGCAGCCUCUGAGGAAUAAGAAGUGUGUGUGGCAGAAGCUCAUGUCCAAACAGCGUAAGCGAGCCGUGGUGGCCUGUUUCCGCAUGGCUCCGCUCUACAAUCUGCCCAGGCAUCGCGCUAUCAACCUCUUCAUCCCGGUCUAUCAGAGGCUUUGGAUAGAGGGAGAGGAGUACUCCUUUGAGGAGAAACUAGUUCAGGAUCUGGCAAAAACGCCCAUAAAGAUCGUGGAGGAGGAGGAGGAGGAGGUGGCUGAGAUCCAGCCCGACCCUCCCCACCAGCUCAUCCUCCACUUCAGCCACCACGCUCUGACAGAGAGGAGUCACGCGGAGGUCGAUCCGUUGUACAUCGCGUACGCAGACAUGAUGGCAAAGAGCUGUGCAGAGGACGAGGAGGAAGAGGAGGAAGGCAAAGAAAAGACGUUUGAGGAAAAGGAGAUGGAGAAGCAGAAGAUCUUGUAUCAGCAGGCACGGCUUCACGCCAGAGGAGCAGCUGAGAUGGUUUUGCAGAUGAUCAGUGCCAGUAAAGGUCGUCUGGGUCCGAUGGUGACCUGCACCCUCAAACUGGGAAUCUCCAUCCUGAACGGAGGCAACGUAUUUUUGUUCCAGAAAAUGCUUGAUUAUCUGAAAGAAAAGAGAGAUGCAGGGUUUUUUAAGAGUCUCUCGGGGCUAAUGCAGUCCUGCAGUGUCCUGGACUUGAAUGCAUUUGAGAGACAGAACAAGGCAGAAGGUCUGGGCAUGGUGACAGAGGAAGGUUCAUUCCACACUCAGAGGGCCUCCAAGGUGCUACAGAACGACGAGUUUACCAAAGAUCUGUUCCGCUUUUUGCAACUUCUGUGUGAGGGUCACAACGGAGAUUUCCAGAACUUUCUGAGAACUCAAACAGGGAACACGACCACAGUCAACAUCAUCAUCAGCACAGUUGACUAUCUGCUACGUCUCCAGGAAUCGAUCAGCGACUUCUACUGGUAUUAUUCUGGAAAAGAUGUCAUCGAUGAAACAGGGAGAAUCAACUUCUCCAGAGCCUUAGAUGUGGCCAAGCAGAUUUUUAACUCACUGACUGAGUACAUUCAGGGCCCUUGUAUUGGGAAUCAGCAGAGUCUGGCUCACAGCAGACUGUGGGAUGCAGUUGUGGGAUUCCUGCAUGUGUUUGCCAACAUGCAGAUGAAGCUUUCUCAGGAUGCUAGUCAGAUUGAGCUCCUGAAGGAGCUGAUGGAUUUACAGAAGGACAUGGUUGUCAUGCUGCUGUCGCUUCUGGAGGGUAACGUAGUGAACGGAACGAUCGGGAAGCAGAUGGUGGACACACUGAUGGAGUCUUCCAGCAACGUGGAGAUGAUCCUUAAGUUCUUUGACAUGUUCCUCAAACUGAAAGAUCUGACCACGUCGGAGAACUUCAGGGAGUACGACCCCGAGUGCAAAGGUAUCAUUUCAAAGAAAGAGUUCCAGAAGUCCAUGGAGAGUCAGAAACAGUACACGCCGUCCGAGAUCGAGUUCCUGCUCUCCUGCGCCGAGGCCGACGAGAACGACAUGUUCAACUACAAGGAGUUUGUGGAGAGGUUUCACGAACCGGCCAAGGAUAUCGGCUUCAACGUGGCCGUGCUGCUCACCAACCUGUCUGAACACAUGCCUCACGACUCCAGACUGGCCACGUUCUUGGAUCUGGCCGAGAGCGUCCUCAGCUACUUUGAACCCUACCUGGGUCGUAUUGAAAUCAUGGGCAGCGCAAAGAGAAUCGAGAGGGUUUACUUUGAAAUCAGCGAGUCGAGCCGCGAGCAGUGGGAGAAGCCGCAGGUGAAGGAGUCCAAACGGCAGUUCAUCUUCGACGUGGUCAAUGAGGGAGGGGAGAGCGAGAAGAUGGAGAUGUUUGUCAACUUCUGCGAGGACACUAUUUUUGAGAUGCAGCUGGCCUCGCAGAUCUCCGAGCCCGAUGAGGUGGAACAGCCUGAAGAGGAGGAAGAAGAGGAAGGACACAGCCUCCUGGACGAGCUGGCCGAACACGAGGAAGGAGCCGCAGAGUCUGCCUCAGCCUUCAGCAACGCCUGCUCCACCGUCAAGAAGAAGUGCGCUGAGGUCCGACAGAUGUUUACGGUGAAAACCCUGCGCAAGCAGUUUAAGAAGAUCAAGAAGCUGAGCAUCAGGGAGAUCAUCACGGGGUUCUUCUCCUUCUUCUGGAUGCUCUUCACUGGCUUCUUCAAAGGAAUCUUUGGCCUGAUAUUUGGCUUCUUCCACAUCAUCUGGUCCUCCAUGUUUGGUGGCGGCCUGGUGGAAGGAGCCAAGAACAUGAAGGUGACAGAUAUCCUGGGGAACAUGCCCGACCCCACCCAGUUUGGUAUCCACGGUGAUGUGAUAGAAGGAGAGAAGGUGGAGGCGGUGGAGUCGUCACGGAGCCUGGACGCGGCCAUGGCUCCACCAGGAGACAUGGCUGAGGCGGACAUACUGUUGGAGAUGUUGACGGGCCCGGCCAAGAAGGAAGGAGGGAAACACAUGGAGCCUGGACUGGGAGAUGUUUCGGAGCUGAGUGCAGAAAUGUCCUCUGCUGAUCACAAAAAGAAAGCUGCGGCCAAGUCUGUGGAAACGUCUGAGAGUGAACCGGAAAAGGCAGACACAGAGAACCAGGAGAAGGUGGACAAGCCCAAGGAGGACGAGUUCAAGGAAGCAGUGGCAGAAGAGAAACCAAAGUCCAGGUCCAGUCAGCCCAAAGAACCAGCCCCGGCCUUCAUGUCCAAUGUCUUCGCUGCUCUGGACGUCUACAAGAACAAAAUGCUGAACUAUUUGGCUCGUAACUUCUACAACCUGCGUUUCCUGGCUCUGUUUGUCUGCUUUGCCAUCAACUUCAUCCUGCUCUUCUACAAGGUAACAGAAGAAGCUGAAGACGAUGGCGAUGAUGAAAACGGCUGGGGUGAAGAUGAGGAGGACAACGAGAACACGCUGUUCGACAUGGACGAGUUCGUUCUCCAGGAGAGCACGGGCUACAUGUUGCCUGCUCUGCGCUUCCUGGCCAAAUUCCACACCGUCAUCUCCCUCGUCUGCUUGGUCGGCUACUACUGUCUGAAGGUUCCUUUGGUGGUCUUUAAAAGGGAGAAGGAAAUCGCCAGGAAGCUGGAGUUUGACGGCCUUUACAUCACCGAGCAGCCGUCAGAUGACGACAUCAAGGGCCAAUGGGAUCGACUGGUCAUCAAUACACCGUCCUUCCCCAACAACUACUGGGACAAGUUUAUUAAGCGUAAGGUGAUCAACAAAUAUGGCGACCUAUAUGGAGCUGAACGCAUCGCCGAGCUCCUGGGUCUGGAUAAGACCGCUCUGGACUUUGACCCCACAGUAGAAACGGUGGAGAAGGAAGCCUCGCUGGUCUCCUGGUUGAGUUCCAUUGACACAAAGUACCAUAUCUGGAAAAUGGGUGUUGUUCUGACUGACAACUCCUUCCUGUACCUGAUCUGGUACACCACCAUGUCCGUUUUCGGACACUUCAACAACUUCUUCUUCGCUGCUCAUCUGCUGGACAUCGCCAUGGGCUUCAAGACGCUGCGCACCAUCCUGUCUUCAGUCACGCACAACGGCAAGCAGCUGGUCCUGACCGUGGGUCUCCUGGCCGUGGUGGUCUAUCUCUACACUGUGGUGGCCUUCAACUUCUUCAGAAAGUUCUACAACAAGAGCGAGGACGAAGACGAGCCCGACAUGAAGUGUGAUGACAUGAUGACGUGCUACUUGUUCCACAUGUACGUGGGCGUCAGAGCUGGAGGAGGGAUAGGAGACGAGCUGGAGGACCCGGCCGGAGACCCCUACGAGCUUUACCGCAUCCUGUUUGACAUCACUUUCUUCUUCUUCGUCAUCGUCAUCCUGCUGGCCAUCAUUCAGGGUUUGAUCAUCGAUGCCUUUGGUGAGCUGAGAGACCAGCAGGAGCAGGUGAAGGAGGACAUGGAGACCAAAUGCUUCAUCUGUGGCAUCGGCAACGACUACUUUGACCGAACGCCUCAUGGAUUUGAAACCCACACUCUACAAGAGCACAACCUGGCCAACUACCUGUUCUUCCUGAUGUACCUGAUCAACAAGGAUGAGACUGAACACACGGGUCAGGAGUCGUAUGUCUGGAAGAUGUUCCAGGAGAGAUGCUGGGACUUCUUCCCCACUGGAGACUGCUUCCGUAAACAAUACGAGGACCAGCUGGGUUAGAGAGGAGACCGCGGACAGCCCACGAACCAGGACCCCGGUCUGUGACGUCUCACCAGACUCUACCUGCCGCCAUGGUGUCGAACAAAAAAACCCGUCGUUAAGGUCAUUUUUCUGCUUCCAAGUUGGAACGGUCACUUCUUCCUCUCUUAUGCAACUUUCUUUGGUUUCUCGGUCGCGUUGCCUUUUUUUUCCCCCUCCUUUUUGCUUUAACUUUCACAACGGAUGCACAAUGUUGUUAAUGUGUGUGUGUGUGUGAGAGAGAGAGAGAGACAGUGGGUGUGUCGGGGUGACAGCAUGUGGACUGACUGGUUUCACCUGCAGACAGUAGGCGAUUUGUUGUGUUUUCAACAAGGGGGGGUGCACCCUGUCAAGUUAACAAGGUGCACCCCCCCUGUCCUGAAGGGGGGGUGGAGGUGGGGGGGUAACAAAGGGGACAUUUUGGUCAUUAUGUUAACGAGGGGGGACGCCAUCCCCUCUCUUGGCCCCUCCCUCUCUGUUGGGGCAGAGCAAGGAUGCACCUUGUUAGGUGCAUGAACAAUAAAAACCGAGGUGCCUUACAGAAAAAAAAACAAAAAACUAUGCACAACAGAGAAUAUGGUUUUUGUCUGUCUUUGACACAAACGCUGUUUCACUUCUGGAUUAUUUUAGCUUCUUUAGUGGCGUUUAUUCAUUUGAAAGUAAGAACUAGAAAGAAAGCCGUAACAUUUGUUGUAAAAAGUCUAGACGACGCUCGUGUAAAUGUUGCUUCCUGUUUGGUUUUUGUUCCAACACGUCGCCUGCCUAACUGCACUUAUUUCUACAGUUGAUGAAAAGAAAAGGUGAGAAAAAACCCACGAAGAAAGAAUGACUGUGUUCAGGGAUUCAUUUAGGAAUAAAAAGCUGCUUCGCUAA